GAUCGGCUGGGGCGGUGCCGCAGCGUGAAGGAGUUUGAGAAGCUCAAUCGGAUCGGAGAGGGCACGUACGGCAUCGUGUACCGUGCCCGGGACACGCUGACCAACGAGACAGUGGCACUGAAGAAGGUGCGGAUGGACAACGAGAAAGAUGGAAUGCCCAUCAGCAGCCUGCGGGAGAUCACCCUGCUCCUGCAGCUCCAGCACCCCAACAUUGUGGAGCUGAAGGACGUGGUUGUGGGAAACCACCUGGAGAGCAUUUUCCUGGUGAUGGGAUACUGCGAGCAGGACCUGGCCAGUCUCCUGGAGAACAUGCAAACGCCCUUCUCGGAGGCUCAGGUGAAGUGCAUCAUCCUGCAGGUGCUCAAGGGCCUGCAGUACCUCCAUGAGAACUACAUCAUCCACAGGGACCUGAAGGUGUCCAACCUGCUGAUGACCGACAAGGGCUGUGUGAAGAUAGCUGAUUUCGGCUUGGCACGCACCUACGGGAUGCCCCCUAAGCCCAUGACCCCCAAAGUGGUGACUCUGUGGUACCGCGCACCGGAGCUGCUGCUGGGGAUGACGACCCAGACUACCAGCAUUGACAUGUGGGCUGCUGGCUGCAUCCUGGCCGAGCUGCUGGCACACAAACCGCUGCUGCCAGGCACCUCCGAGAUCCACCAGAUCGACCUCAUCGUGCAGCUCCUGGGGACACCCAACGAGAACAUCUGGCCGGGCUUCUCCAAGCUGCCGCUGGCCACCCAGUACACCCUGCGCAAACAGCCCUACAACAACCUGAAGCACAGGUUUCCCUGGCUCUCGGAGGCUGGGCUGCGACUGCUCAACUUCCUCUUCAUGUACGACCCCAAGAAAAGGGCCACAGCCAAGGACUGCCUGGAGAGUUCCUACUUCAAGGAGAAGCCCUUGCCCUGUGAGCCGGAGCUGAUGCCCACCUUCCCACACCACCGGAACAAGCGGGCGGCCAGCACGGCGACGGAGAGCCAGGCCAAGCGCAGCAAGCCCUGAGCUGGCCCCCGGGAGCAGGCGUGAUGUGUCCUGGCUGAGGUGGAUUCCCUCAGCCCAACAGUCCCGGCGCCAUGGGGACGGCUCCUCACUCCGUCUGCCCGUGUGGGACGGGGCAGGCUCCGGUCUGCAGCUGGGCGAGCAUGGCCCCAGAGCCAGGAGAGAGGAGAGAUGGGGCCCGGGGACGCCCAGGCUUGGCAGGGUCAGUCCUGUCCCAGGCGGGUCCUGGUUUGUGCUGUCUGUGGGGGGGGGGAACCCCAGCUCUGCCAUCAAUAAAAGCAUCUGGUAGUGGCAA